CGGAUUUUCUCUCAAUAGUCUGAACACUAUAUUUGUGCUAUAAAUCAUUCUCAACAUCAUCUCCAAAGAGUCCUCAGAUUUCUUCCAGAGUGAGGCCCUGGUUUUUGAGAAGUCACAUGCCAUAAUGGGCACUCCAGAAAGUGGCACCAAAAUGAAAAUAAGGUCGACGAUGGAAAUCAACAUGCCCUUUGCUCGGAUGCUUGUUGGGAAGACUUCAGAGCAAUACACGUAACUAGGCCGCAAAACAUAAUCAAGUGGUGGAAAAUUAUCUGCGGGAACUCGUAAAAGGCUUGCAUUAUAAGACAAGCAUUUUUCUUACACGUACGGAAUUCUCUGUCCGCAGAACGAAGACGUGUUGUGAGGAGAUGGACUUUCCAUUCUCCUAUUGAGAGGCACGGCUGUCUCGGGCCAGUUUCUCAUCAUACUAACAAGAAGCCGUUGUUGAGCAGCUGAGAGAUACAUCGCUGCUCGACAAUGCAGAUCCCCAUCCUGCGCUUUAAUUGACAUUGGCAUGAGCUGCAAAUCAUAAUCACGAGACCAUAAUAAUUAGAGACGUAGGAACAAUUGCCGCAUGUUUUCGCGUCGCAACGAGACUCUUAACGACAAAAUUGAAGGAUGGAUCCUAAGGGAAAAGUUGCCUUGAUAACUGGUGCAGGCUCAGACAUCUGCUUAGCCUUUGCCGAAAUCCUCAACAAAGCAGGAAGAAAUGUUGUGAUUGCUGACCUCGGCCUCAAUCCUGAAGCUGAAGCGUGGAAGCAGUCAUUUGAUGCCUCGUCGCCUCGAGUCGAGUUUCAGCGAACGAAUGUGACCAAAUGGAGGUAGCUCCAAGCAGCCUUUCAAGCGUGCAAACGUACCUUCGGUGCUGUUCCCAACGUUGCACUUCCUGGAUCCGAUGUUUUCGAGCCCAACGGAUUCUUUCUCCUUCUGGAAAGAGGAAGAGGCAGACGAGGAUUCUAGGUACAACAUCCUUGACAUAAACCUGGUGCACCCGAUCAAAACGACUAGAAUCGCUGUGCACGAACUGGUUCGGCUCAAAAGCCCGGUGCUAUUAUCUACAUUUCAAGCAUUGCAGGGCAACGAUCGAGCAUCAUCACUCCUUUCUAAACGGGCAUCAAAACAUGGGGUGAGCAGCUUGAUGAGGGGAACGGCGCCGUUGGAAAAGCUAGCCCGUAUUCGUGUCGCCGGAGUGGCUCCAGGCUCAUUAUGUUCAAAUACAACCGGCACACGAUUGUACACUCCAGAAGCGAGAAAGACGUUGAAUCUGUCCAAAGACCUCCUUGUUCCGAAAGAAGAGGUAGCGAACGCGAUGUUCGCAAUACUUAUUGAUAAAAGCUAUCAAUCCGGUACGAUAUUUGCGAUACGUGACAUAGGGCAAGACACGUGGAGGCCGGUCGAGCUUCUCAGUGGUCCUGGCCCUUCCGGACCAGCAAGUACGACAAGCGGAAAGGCAGACACCAUCAAGGAAAUUAUAAAGCACUUAGCCCCUGAGGGCGUAGGAAAUAAUCUCUACGAAGGCAUUCUGACAGAUUGA